GAGAUCCGCACAUCAGUUGUUCGCAAGCUAUUGUGAAAAUCAAUUUCGAAAUGUACGGUUUAAUUCUUUUCGCUCUGGUAGCGACGGCUUCUGCCAAUGUCUACCACAACGCUCAGUGCCCUCUCGUGAAACCGGUGGAGAAUUUUAAUUUGGAAGCAUACGGUAAUGGGGUUUGGUUUGAGCUCGCGAAGUACCCCAACGAUGCUGAGAAGGGGGGUCAGUGCGGCUCAACCGAGUACAGACUUCAGGCUGACACCAUCCAGAUCAGAAGCUUCCAUGUAGCCAAUGGAAGGCUGGCUUCCAUCGACGGUACUGCCAGGCUCGCACCUCCAAGCGCUACUGAAGGAAAACUCCUGUACUCUCUCCCUUAUGGUGAGGGCGGCUCCUACCAGGAGUACACGGCUUGGGUUCUGGACACAGACUAUGAUAACUAUGCCAUCGUCUAUUACUGCAAAUAUAACGCGGAGAAGAAGACCCGUCAAGACUUCGCUUGGAUCUUCUCAAGGAGCAAAGUCUUGGACCCCCAGAGCAAGGCGAAGGUUGACAAAUUCAUAAAGGACUCCAAAUUCCUGGACAGCAGCAAAUUCAAGUACACUGACUUUUCCGAGGCAGCGUGCAGAGUCGUUUACUAAAAACUUUGUGAAGACUAAAA